UGCCAAUAUAUCAUUUAAAUAAUUUGUAUCUCCUUUAAUAAGGUAAUUCAAAUUAUUGUUGCUAUCAUAAGUAUAUGUGGACCAGACAGCUAUAAAAUCUAUUAACGAAUUCAUUUAUGAGAUGUGGUAAAAAUUGAAUGGUAUCUACAAUUGCUUGUUUAGCGGAUGUCAAAUUUUGAUGUAUGAUAAAACCCCCUCAACAUUGCAUUUUCUCACAAAUAUGUUUUUGAAGAAAAAGAUGAAAUCUCUACUUUACGUUACUGCCGGGGCUGCAACGGUUUUCGGAGGAAUUUGUCUAUACAAAGAAGACGGAGCGUUCUAUAGAAACAUAAUUAUGCCUAUCAUACAUCUUUUAGACGCGGAAACUGCUCAUAACUUAGGUAUUUUUGUAAGCGAGCAUCGCCUGCUACCGAAAACUAAGUAUAAAGACCCCGCGGUGUUGAGGGUGGAGGUUUUGGGAAAAGUAUUUCCAAAUCCAAUUGGGAUCGCUGCUGGAUUUGAUAAGGAUGGAAGAGCGAUCCCGGGUCUAAAGGACAUGGGAUUUGGGUUUGUGGAAAUAGGCUCAGUUACUCCGCAACCUCAGCCUGGCAACCCUAAGCCCAGGCUGUUUAGAUUAACAGAAGAUGGGGCUGUGAUUAACAGAUAUGGAUUUAACAGCGAGGGUCACAAUCAAGUAUUGCCGAGAAUUAAAUAUGCAAAAAACAAUGAGUCUGUCAUUGUGGGUGUAAAUUUGGGCAAAAAUAAGAUUUCAGUGGAUCCUGUUAAGGACUAUGUGGAAGGUGUUGAGAAAUUUGGUCCCAUAGCAGAUUAUUUGGUAAUAAAUAUCAGUAGUCCAAAUACACCAAACUUACGGUCUUUGCAAAGUAAAGAAAACCUGAAAAUGUUAUUACAACCAAUAAUAAGCUCCAGGGAUAAACUGGGGGUCACCAAAAAGCCACUGAUUUUUCUCAAACUAGCACCAGAUUUGUCUACUGAAGAAAGAAAAGAUAUCUCCGAGGUUUUGAAACAGAAAGACUGUAAAGUUGAUGGGUUAAUCAUUUCAAACACCACCAUUCACAGACCAUCUUUAGUCAGUCAGCACAAAAAUGAAAUUGGAGGCUUGAGUGGAGAACCUUUAAGGGAUACAUCCACAGAGAUGAUCAGGGAACUUAGUAGGCUGACAAAUGGCAUGCCCAUUAUUGGUGUGGGAGGUAUCACAUCUGGAAAAGAUGCUUAUGACAAAAUUAAAGCAGGUGCAAGUCUAAUUCAAAUUUAUUCUGCAUUAGUAUAUGAGGGUCCACCUAUAGUUCGAAAAAUUAAGGCGGAACUGGCAGACCUUUUAGAACAAGAUGGGCAUAAAAGUAUCAAUGAAGCAGUGGGGAAAAAUGCUAGACAGUGAAGCAUAUAUUUUUUUAAAGUAAAGAAUUAAUAUUUUUUUAUUAAUAAUCAAAUACAUUUUUCAAAUAUCACAGGUUGUACAAUUUCUACAGUACCUAAUUUGUAAGUCUCAGACAUGUCAAACAUAUGGA